AGUGUGGAGGAGCUGCUUAAAAUCAAGCACGAGCUGACAAAAGAAAGGGAUGAAAAGCUGUCUGAAAUUGCCAGAGUAAGGGUUUUUGAUUUCAUAUUUUCCAUUCAAAUUUUCUUUCGCUCUUUUACAUGCUCUGUGAAUUUUCAUGAGCCAGCAAAUGUUCAACAAAAAUUUCAACAUAAAAACCGUCUUUAUACAGUAAGUUAUCGCGUGCAGUUUAGUAACUUUGCAAAAACAUCUACGUUAUCGUGUUUUAAAAAAGUAUGAAAAGUAAGACUCGCAAAUCCGUGCAAAGCUAAUGCCAGACCCUGUUGUCAUUUUUUGUAGAAACUGGUAAAUAUGGGGUCCCUUAUAAAUUUUUAUGUCUGCCACAAAUUUCCAUAAAACCUCACAGACUCCUUGAUAUUGAUAUUUUUUAAUAAAUGUUUAUUAACAAGCAACGAAUAUGAUUUUUUUCAGUAAAAAGUUAGAAAGCACAAUGAUCUUCUAAGUGGUCCAUUAGAUCUUAAAUUGAUAGACGACAGGUUUCCAUAGUUAUACAUUAGGUUACAUUCGAAUGACUUUUUUUUGACAGCUGAAAGAAGACAUUCAAGUCCAAAGUAAUAAAGCUCAGCGAGAAGCUAGAAAAGGAGAGGAACUUAAAAAGGAGUUGAGUCAAGCAAAGAGCGAUUUAGAAAAUAGAACUGCUGAGCUGAAGACAAAAGCAGGAAAUCUUGAAAGUGCACAGGAAGACAUCACAAAACUUGACCAGCAACUCAAGGAACAGAGGGUAAAUUUGUUUAGAGUUUUUAUUCAAUUUUCAUUUGUCUUCAAAAAGAAAAACUUUUAAGCUUCCCUUAGUCAUGGAUACUUCUUUAAUUAGAGAGGAAUGGCUUCCAAGUGUUGAUGAUAAUAUUUGAUUUAUUUUAGAUAAUGAAUGAAAAAGCUGUGGAGUAUACGGAUGUGUUGAAUGCUCGCCUAAACAAAGUCCAGCAAGAUUUUGAUCAGCAACUUGUCAGCAUUGAUCGGCUUGCCACGGAAAACGCAGAGAAAGCAGCGGAGUUGAAGGCAAAGGAAGACGACAUAAACGGGCUGAGACAGGAAACACUGCAUCAAAGUGCAAUGGCAGAAGCCAUCCAGAGAAAGCUGAGAGCCAUUGAGGAUCAGAAGAUUGAGGCUGAACAACGAGAAGAAACUCUUAAAGGACAAGUUUCUGCCUUGAAAAAAGGUAAGUGGAAUGAUGGUAUGAAAAGAGAAUGUUUGUCUAUUUUGAAACUAGGCAGAUCUCAGACAUAUCUGGCUUUCUCUUUUCCUCAUUUCUAGAGUAGCCCCAACAAGGCAAAGUCACCUUAAUCAAGACUUUGCUGUAGAUUUAAGGGACUUACAAAUAUAGACAAGGUCAACCACAAAUUGCAGCUUUUUCCAAGUCCUAUCCUGUUAACUAAGUUAUUUUUGUUGUAUGAUUAGUACUAAGGUGAGCUGCAAUUUAUGGAACGGCAGGAAAGAAGCUCUUCCAGUCUCCCAGACCCUAGUUGUGUGCAACUACCAACUGAGCUACGAAGCCACACACUGGUAGCGGGGCACAACAUAAAGGAUUGUUAUGAUAAUAAACUUUUAGUUCAAUGUUAGAAAUUAUGUUGCUAUCCAUUGCGGUGAAUAUUUUGAUAGAUGUUGUAUGGUUCGUGUCACGAUAUUGAGUCAGGCAAACAAUUCAUGUCGAUUGCCUGACUCAUUACGGUGACAUAAACGAUAAAAAAUCUAUUAAAUUCUUUAGUUCUCGUUAAAAUCUAUGUCAUUACAAAUAAUGAUAAUUAGAUUGUCAAACAUACUCACCAAUUAAGAUUACUCAAAUGAGAUGUAACCAUUACAAUCUAUAAACUCUCCCUUCCUUUAUUGUAAUCAGAACUUGAAUCAAGCAGAAUGGAAGCUGAAGCAGAUAAAAAAGCCAUCGAUGAUCUUGUCUGCGAAAGGGACAUCCUUAACCAGGUACUUUACUCUUAUCGAUUUUACUCUUAAUCUGAGCUUAGGAGUUUUUUGUUUUCGGUUUUUAGAAGGGGAUGUUGUAUCUAAUAUUUGGUUUUAUUUUUGUUAAUAAACCCUUUAAAAAAUUUUGAAUUUGGAGUCAAGAGGUUCUUGUUGUCGGACCUCAUCCCGUUUGCUGCGUUUUGAAUGAACCUGGAGUAUUUACAUUCCUCCUGGAUAAGCCGCUGGCAAACAUCUGUAUUCUAAAUUUUGAAGACAAAAACAUCCUCAAACAGUUGCUCAUCGUGUGUUCUUAAGUAAAUUUUUAAAGUUAGAGAAAAUGCAGUUUUUGACUCAUUACAACGUGUGACUCUAAACUUGCCAAUCUAUGCCGAGCAAGUGCUAGACCCUGUUGUCAUUUUGUUGUAGAAACUGGCAAAUAUAAGAUCUCAUAUAAAUCUUGAUAUGUUUGCCACAAAUGUCGAUGAAACCUCUCGGACUCCCCAAUAUUGCUAUGUAUAUAAUAACAAUGGUUAUUAAUCAAAGUGCUCUGUGAGCAAACUCGUGAAUUGACACAUGAUUUUUUAGAUUAUGUUUAAUGUUAUCUGGUUUAGGGAAUUUUGUGGUUGAUUGUCAUAUCUAGAGUACGAGCAGUAGUUCAGUGUUCGCUAAUGUAGCAAAGAAACAAAGUAACGUUGGGAUAAGAAGGCAUUACAAUUGAAAUGAUCAUGCUAUUACAUUUGACAAGGUGGAUGAUGUCAUGUGUUUUAAACGUCUAUCAUUUUUGUUUCUGGUUCAAAAGAAAAGGUUGGAAGUAAAUGUGGGUGAAAAGUGAAAUUUACUGUCUUUCGUUGUAAAUAUUAGAAAAUCAAGGCAAUACUGUCUUAAUGAAAACAUUAACGAUUCCCUCUUUAUCAAAUGAGACAAACGGGAACGAGUUUUGAGUGAUAUAACUAAGCCAAGCCUGCCACCGUCAUUUUGGAUCUCCGCCUGGGUAGAUUUAGGUCACGUGCUAGGCAACGUAUGAUCAAUAACAAGAUAGAAUUUCAUUUCAGGCCUAUUUAUCAAUUUUGUGGUGUGUAACUUUCGCAUUUUAGUACGUUGUAUGUAUGUUGAAUCGUCAAAUUGUCUUGAAACUUAAAAGAAAAUUGUUCUUUAAAAAUUCACUGAAAAUCGGUAGCUAAAAUUGUUUGUUUAGGUGUUAUCUGAUUUUCGUGUUAACUUGUUAUUUCGUCAGUCGCCGGCAUCUUUUGUUGCUUCACAGAGGAAAAACACACGCGACGAAACGUAAUGAUCAAUUUUGUCCUCAAUCUCACGCUAUAACAGAAAAAGCUUUUGAACAUCUGUAAACUCCGAGCGCUUCGCAGUAAGUGAUAUUUUCAAUGAAUCUUCGGAUUGUUUUCAAGUUCAAGGAUUGUAAAUUACAAUUUUAUGAAAAACGAAGGUUGUUCUGUUAUUUCAGUGUGAAUCCUUGCAUGCCUGCCAGUCGCUGGCACCGCUUGUUGAAACUAAAACGAAAAAAAAAACUCUUUUAAGAUUAUCAUUGGCUUCUCUUUCACCCCACCACUAUUCUUAGCAACAAAGGUCGCCAUUUCGUCUGUUUAUUGCUCACCAAAAACUAUAAAAUGCACUCAAAAGCCUAAAAUCUAAAAAAAGUUUACAGGAAUCGACCAAUCGAGCGAGCGAGCGAGCGAGCGAGUGCCAUUCCCCACAUCGUAUCUAUAACUCGCUCUUGCGCAUGCGCACAAUUCACGAGUUAAAAAGCAACGAAUAUGAUUUUUUUUGUUUCAGUAAAAGGUUAGAAAGCAAUAUUAUCUUCUGAGGGGUCCAUCACAUUUUAAAAUUAAUAGAAACACGUUUCCAUAGUUAUGCGAUAGGUUAAAUUUGUAUGAUUUUUUGUUUUCACAGUUUAAAGUAGACAUCCAAGUCCAAAGUGACAGAGCUCAGAAAGAAGCUAAAAAAGGGGAGGAACUUGAAAAGGAGUUGAGUCAAGCAAAGAGCGAUUUAGAAAAUAGAACCGCUGAGCUGAAGACAAAAACAGAAAAUCUUCAACGUGCACAGGAAGACAUCACAAAACUUGACCAGCAACUCAAGGAACAGAGGGUAAAUUUGUUUUUUAGGCUUUCCUCGGUCAUGGAUACUUCUUUAAUUAGAAAGGAAUGGCUUUCAAGUGUUGAUGAUAAUAUUUCAUUUAUUUUUUAGAUAAUGAAUGAAAAAGCAAUGGAGUAUACAGAUGUGUUGAAUGCUCGCCUAAACAAAGUCCAGCAAGAUUUUGAUCAGCAACUUGUCAGCAUUGAUCGGCUGGCCACGGAAAGCACACAGAAGGCAGCCGAAUUGAAGGCAAAGGAAGACGAGAUAAACGGGCUGAGACAGGAAACACUGCACCGAAGUGCAGUGGCAGAAGCCAUCCAAAGAAAGCUGAGAGCCAUCGAGGAUUUGAAGAUUAAUGCUGAACAACGCGAAGAAACUCUUAAAGGACAGGUUUCUUGCUUGAAAAAAGGUAAGUGGAAUGAUAGUAUGAAAAGAGGAUGUUUGUCUAUUUUGAAACUAGGCAGAUCUCAGACAUAUCUGGCUUUCCCUUUCCUCAGUUCUAGAGUAGCCCAACAAGGCGAAGUCGCCUUAAUCGUGAUUUUGCGUGUAGAUUUAAGGGACUUAAGAAUAUAGACAAGGUCAACUACAAUGCAGCUUUUUCAAAGUGUUAUCCUAUAUAUAAGUUAUCUUUGUUGUAUGAUUAGUACAAAGGUGAGCUGCAAUUUAUACAACGGCAGGAAAGAAGCUUUCCAGUCUCCCAGACACUAGUUGUGUGCAACUACCAACUGAGCUACGAAGCCACACCCUGGGAGCGGGGCACAAUUUAAAGGAUUCUUGUAAUAAUAAACUUUUAGUUCAGUGUUAGAAAUUAUGUUGGUAUCCAUUGUGGUGAAUAUUUUUAUAGAUGUUGUAUGGUUCGUGUCACGAUAUGGAGUCAGGCGAACAAUUCAUAUCGAUUACCUGACUCAAUAUGGUGAGAUAAACAAUAAGACAUCUAUUACAUUCUUUAGUUCUCGUUAAAAACUUUAUGUCAUUACAAAUGAUGAUAAUUAGAUUGUUCGACACACUUAUCAAUUAAAACUGCUCAAAUGAGAUGUAACCUCUACAAUCGAUAAACUCUCUCUUCCUUUAUCUUAUUCAGAACUUGAAUCAAGGAAAAAUCAAGCUGAAGCAGAUAAAAAAGCCAUCGAUGAUCUUGUCUGUGAAAGGGACAUCCUUAACCAAGUACUUUACUCUUGUCAAUUUUGUACUUAA